UAGCUAAUUAGGCUAGAGACACAUUCUCGUUUGGUUUGUUCAAGUGUACGAGAGACUGCACGUCAUGCUGGUUGGUGCAGUAUUUGCAUACGCGCUGCUAAUGGUUUCUAGCAUCUCUAGUGGCAAUAGCAGCGACGGAAGAGAGUCGAAACCGCGCGUAGAUACUGACGACAGUCAUUUGCGCUUUGUGACCCCAAGAAACAAAGAUAUCGAGUUCUCACCCGGUGCAGGUGGUCACGUUAUCUUGGGAGGAGUUUACCUGGACGAGAGAGCUCUCAUGCCUGUCAAAGGAGACAAAGGAGAAGCAGGAGAUAAGGGAUUGUCAGUAAAAGGAGACACUGGGUCAAAAGGACAGAAAGGAGAAGGUGGCUUGAAAGGAGAAACAGGAGUGUCCGUGAAAGGAGAGAAAGGAGUCGCUGGGAGCAAGGGAGCUAAAGGUGCCGGCGGUGACAAGGGAGAUGGUGGCAGUUCAGGCAAGGAUGGCAGUAAAGGAGAAAAAGGUGGGAAGGGAGAAGCGGGAACGUUUGGUAGAGACGGUAGAGACGGACAAGCUGGUGUUAAUGGAGCGAAGGGAGACAAAGGCAGCGCAGGCAAAGACGUCAAUCCAAACACUUUAGCUGAUCUAGAAGCGAGGAUCAAAGCUUUGGAGACAUUCGUUAAUGACGAACCACCCAAAUGGCAAAAUAAAAGUGGAUUACUGGCAAACAUAACAACCCUAACCAAACAGUCACUUGUAUUGUUAGCUUUGGAUCCAGAAAAUGGUCGUGUCAAUUAUACAAUUGUUGCUGGCCAGUUACCCACGUCACUGUCGUUAGAUUCAGCCAGUGGGAUCAUCUCUGGUAGUGUUCCCAACUCAGUCAUAGCGACUGCAACAAACAGACAGGCAUCGUUUACUUUUACUGUUCAAGCUAUUGACUCAAUAGGAAAAACUGCAAUUCAAAGGUUCACUAUUAAAGUAGAAGGUUAUCCACCCGCGGAUUAUGAUUCUGGCUGGUUUACCUUCACUGCUCAGAAAGGUUCUAGCUCGUACAAAGAAUUUUCUCACAGUUUUGCAGAUUAUCCUGCUAGAGUACGAGUGUUAGUUAAAGCUAUCGACGGACCUAAUAAAGACUUUAUUUUCUACGGUGUGGGUUGUGGCGUGGCAGACGACGAAGACGAUCAUUACACGGGAAUUGUGUUUGCUUACGAUACGAAUAGAGUACGGUUGUGGGCACCAGACGACAGCAAUGCAGGGAAGAACGGUGGUUAUGCAGUCGGUGUAGAAGAUGGAUGGGGAGGAGAAGUAAACGUGCAACUAUCGCGAUCGGCGAGCGUAAGAGUAUUGGCGUGGAGAAAUUCUCCCGACGGUUCUCCCGACUACAAGACGGUUUGGACUAGAAUGAGUUCUCAAGCUGGUUCUUCUUCUUACAAAGAAUUCAAGCACGGGUUAACUAGCUAUCCUGCCGUCUGUCGUGUUCUCACCAAAGCAGUCGAUGGUACUAAUAAGGAUUUUAUUUUUGAAGCGGUAGGAUUUGCGACUUCGGACGACGAUGCAGAUCAGUACGGUGGAUUGGUGUUUGGUUAUAAUUCCUCUUCGGUUCGCUUGUGGGCUCCCGAUGGCAAUAACAGAGGAAGUAACGGGCGUAUUAUAUUUGUAACGGAUGGUUGGGGUGGCGAGACGAACACACAAUCGUCUAAUAACGCCGACGUGAAGGUGGAAGCUUGGUCUUCGUCUAACUCGGCGGUUCGUCCUCCGUCAUUUGAAAGCAAAUGGGUGAGCAUUUCUUCUCAGUCCGGAUCUUCAUCGUUCAAAGAAAUCACCCACAAUCUUGGUGUCUAUCCGUCUCUAGUGCGUGUCCUUGUGCGAGCUCGUAAUCCUAAUAACGUCGGCUACUAUUUUGAGGGUUUUGGAGCUCAACCCGGCGACGACGAGUUGGAUGACUAUGGUGGUCUCAUCUUCGCUUACGACACAAAGCGCGUUCGUAUUUGGGUGCCCGACGUUAACAAUGCUAAAAAGAACGGUCGCAUAUUGCCACUGUAUGACGGCUGGGGAGGAGAAGUGAAAGUGCAGCAACACCAGAGUACACGCGAUACGGCCGAUGUGAAGGUGCAGGCGUGGUUGUGAUUCACCUGUGCAGAUUGCAUUUUUUCCAGCAGACUAGAGAGAUUCUUCGCUAAUAGAUAUUCGUUCUAAUGAUCGAUGUCUAUUCAUUUGCAUGUGUUGCUGACCGUCUAGAAUUGGCAACUGUACCCAAUGUUCGAAUACGAGUCUAGCAUAUGAGUUGUUCUUGCUUGCUGUGUUCAAAUACAUCAUGGCUAGUGUAUCGG